CUUCACAUAACUGCGGUGAGGUGUACACCAUCCCAACAUGAUGGAACUGACAAGUGUUGUAUUUAUCAUUCUUGUGUCGUUGUGUGGUGUCAGAGACGUACAUGCUGAUACCAAUUUGGCAGCCUUCUCUAGAAAAUUAAACCUGCUGGACAGAACGAUCCAGGCGUGGAAAGGCACAGUUGUUGAUUUGGGGAUUGAAAUGAGUAACAACUUUGACUUGCUGGAGUUAUCACUGGAAGAAGAACUGACUAACAAGUUCAUCCCUGCCUUGAUAAAGCCUCUCGUGAAGCAAGCGAUUACUGGCAUCCUGAAAGAAGAAUACGUUUGCAAUAUUAUCAGCGGACGUGUGCUUGAUGUUGUUAACAGCCUGAAAACCAGAGUACAUACAACAAAGACACAACUUCGCUCAGUUAAACGAAAGUUCAGACUAGUUAAACGCGAAAGAGACUCUUACAAAGAGAGUCUUGGCAAAUUACGAGGCGAGCUGACCAAAGAAAUCCAUAGGGACAUUCAGGGAAUACAGCAAAGGAUACAGGAACUCGAGGAACGUGAUGCGCUGCGUGAGAAACACAUCCAAGACUUGACGGAACAAAAACAAAAAGCCUCGAGCGACCCGAGUCGGGACCGGAGCCACAGAGAAAGGACUGCACAGAUGAUGACAGUGACGACCCAUGCCACCAGUGCCCCCAGUCGGAACGGGAGCCACAGAGAAAGGGCUGAACAGAUAACAGUGACAAAGUCUGAUCUACAUGCCUCGAGUGAUUCGAGUCGGACUGAGAGGACACCAGUGACGACCACAAAAAAACCUGCUACACAGGCGACUCCAUCACCAGCAGACUGCGACGUCCUCAUGGACGCCAGCAGAAGGGGGAACCUGGAGGAGAUGAAGCGGCUCCUGACUCUGAAUGUCGACGUCAACUGUAGGGACAGUGAUAGCAGGACACCGGUGAUGUGGGCAGCAGGGUUUGGACACGGAGAAGUGGUGGAGCUCCUGGUGAGGAAAGGAGCCGAUGUGUCACUGGUGGAUGAGGACGGUAGCAGCAUUCUUCACUUCGCCUGUUAUGCAGGAGACAUGGAGAUGGUUAAGUUUGUGCUGUCACUGAACGUCUUGGACAUCGAAAGUAGAGGCGCGUUGAGCAGGACACCGGUGAUGUAUGCAGCAAGGUGGGGACACAGAGACGUGUUGGAGCUCCUGGUGAGUAUAGGAGCCGAUGUGUCACUGGUGGACGAUGACGGUGACAACAUCCUUCACCUCGUCGGUUGGGGAGGAGACAUGGAGACGGCGAAGUUUGUGCUGUCACUGAACGUUGUGGACAUCGACGCCAGGAACAACGACGGGCGGACAGCGGCGGACGUGGCGAGAUCCGGGAGACGUCGGCAAAUUGCGGAUCUGCUGGAGUCCCGCGGCGCUCAGUGACGUCAGUGCCGUGUUUGUGUAGACGGUGAAGAAGACCUGGCAGUGACGUGGUGUGCCGUUCACGUCAUCAUGUGUCUUUAUUUACGU